AUGGCCAAGCAAAUGAGGUGCAAAUCUUCUAUUUCUGUGUCCUUAAUUCCUCUCUUUGCAAUAUUCACUCUCAUUGCCUUACUUUCAUGUGACGCUGCUAAUGAAGAUGAUGAUGAUACGAAAACUUACAUCAUCUACUUGGGAUCGCUUCCUAAGGAACCAUCUUCUUACUCUCUUACCUCACACCACCUCACAAUCCUUCAACAAGUUAUUAAUGGAAUCGUCAAUCCAAGUGCCUUGAUUCGAAGCUACACCAAGAGCUUCAAUGGGUUUGCUGCAAAACUCACCGGUGAUCAGAGGGACAAGAUGGCUGAGAUGGACGAGGUGGUCUCUGUGUUUGAAAGCAAAACACUUCGAGUUCAGACGACAAGAUCCUGGGACUUUAUGGGAUUCGUUAACACAGCGACGAUAAAACGAAACUGUUCAUCAUCUGAGAGUGAUGUUGUGGUCGGAGUUAUUGACACCGGAGUGUGGCCGGAGUCCGAGAGUUUCAGUGACGAAGGUCUUAGUGAUGUUCCUGGGAAAUGGAGAGGGACAUGUGCUGGUGGGAAGAACUUCACCUGCAACAAGAAGAUCAUCGGAGCUCGGUUCUAUUCUGAAGAUCGUGAUUCUGCGAGAGACGAAGAAGGCCAUGGAACUCACACUGCGUCUAUAGCAGCUGGAAACAUAGUUCAUGGUGUCAGCUUUUAUGGAAUAGCAAAUGGUACAGCAAGAGGAGGAGCUCCGUGUGCGAGAAUUGCUACAUAUGCAGCUUGUAAUAACAGAGGAUAUUGCCGUGACGAAGAUAUCUUGUCUGCUUUUGAUGACGCCAUUUCCGAUGGUGUUCACAUCCUUUCACUGUCACUGGGAAAUGGAGCUCCGGCGGACUUCCUCCAUGAUUCGGUAGCCAUCGGAUCUUUUCACGCUAUGGAGAAAGGGAUCCUCACCGUCCAAGCUGCCGGAAACUACGGUCCUUUCAUUGCCACCGUUUCAAGUGUAGCGCCAUGGAUCCUAACUGUAGCAGCAAGUAGUACAGAUCGUAAAAUCAUCGACAAACUUGUUCUUGGGAAUGGCCACACACUGGUUGGGAAUUCUGUAAAUGCUUUUGACUCGAAUGGGUCCAAGUUUCCUAUAGCCAAGGUUAAUGGAGAUUCAAAAGAUUGUCCAAAGAUCUUUGAAAGAUUUUGUCCUUGUUUUGACACAAACCUGGUGAAAGGGAAGAUUGUGCUGUGUCGUGAACUGUCUGCACUCAACUCUGCCAAGUCUCAAGGCAUAGUUGGUGUCAUCACAUCUUCAUAUUCUUGGAUUGAAGAUUUGUCAGAAAUAGUGUCAAUACCUUCAUUGGACAUUUCCAACGAUUCUUUCAGCAUGGUUGAGUCCUACAUAAAUUCAACCCGAGAUCCAAAAGCCGAGAUAAAGAAGAGUGAGAUUUGUGUUGAUAAAGAGGCUCCAAGAACAAUUGAUUUCUCUUCACGUGGGCCAAAUUCCUUCAUAGCAGAGAUCUUAAAGCCAGAUAUAAGUGCUCCUGGAGUUGAUAUUUUGGCUGCAUAUUCACCUGUUGCAUCUGUUUCAGAAUUUUCAGAUGACAAGAGAUCUGUGAAAUACAACAUUUUAUCGGGAACCUCCAUGGCUUGCCCUCAUGUUUCUGGAAUAUCUGCAUAUUUGAAGAGCCUUCAUCCAGAUUGGUCGCCUGCAGCUAUCAAAUCUGCCAUUUUAACCACAGCAAAACCUAUGAAGAAAGCUUAUUCUAAAGAUGCUGUUGGUGAGUUUGAAUAUGGAUCCGGGCAUGUGGAUCCAGUACGAGCUUGUGAUCCUGGGUUGGUUUAUGACAUAUCCAAGGAAAACUACGUGGAAAUGUUGUGCAAUUUUGGCUAUAACACCUCUAUGAUUGGGCAGAUUUCUGGAGAUAAUAGCAGCACUUGUCCCAGAUCUUCUCAUAGAGACUUGGUCAAAAAUAUGAAUUAUCCUCUACUUGGAGUUAAUCUUAAGCCUUUCACACCAUUCAAGGUUGAAUUCAUGAGGAUAGUGACAAAUGUUGGAUUUGCCAAUUCAACCUACAAAGCAAGUAUUUCACCAGCAAGUUACAGGUUAAAUAUUACAGUAAACCCUAAAGUUCUUUCCUUCAAAUCAUUGAAUGAGAAGAAGUCUUUUGUUGUUAGUAUCACUGGGAAAGGCUUCAUAAAUGAAACCGCACGCUCCUUCUCAUUGACAUGGUCAGACGGCACCCACAAGGUGAGAAGUCCAAUUGUUGUGAUGGCCUACGAAGAGCUUUCUUCACUUUGAACUGUUCAAGUCUGUAGGACUUGAAUCUUUGUUUCAAUAAAAAGCUAGCAAAGAUGCAAACCUGUUAGACGUCCUGUUUGCGUGUGUGUGUGUGUGUGUCUGUCUGUCUGUCUGUCUGUCUGUCUAAUAUUACAAGAAGUUUUAGCUUCCUAACAUCCAUCAUAUGUACUGAACUUGAAUAUGAUUAUCAAAUAAAUGUAAGGUCUCCUCCCUUGGGGAACUUUUCCAAU